AUGCACACUCUCUCCUGGCAAAUUCCCAUCCUCAUCCUGGCAUUAUGGCUCUUCACAGCCUACAUGACCAGAGCAUUCCCAACCCUCACCGGCAAGCGGAUAUGCCUCGUAAUAGCCCACCCAGACGACGAAGCCAUGUUCUUCGCUCCCACGAUCCGCCAUCUCACGCGCCCAGAACUCGGCAAUCAGGUUGUAAUAUUAUGCUUCAGCAGCGGCGACGCAGACGGUCUCGGCCACAUUCGCAAAAAAGAACUCGUAGCAUCCGCUCUCCUGCUAGGUCUGCGGAAACCUGAACAUAUCGUGGUCAUUGAGGACGAGAACAAUUUUCCGGAUUCUAUGACGACUACGUGGGAUGCGAAACUCAUUUCGCAGACUUUGAUGAAGUAUUUUGCUCCUUCUCAGACGACGACGACGACGACGACGAAGAAUACCCUCAUUGACGUCCUGAUCACAUUCGACGAAGGCGGAAUCAGUGGACAUCCCAAUCACAUUUCGCUGCUACAUGGCUGUACGACUUUUCUGAGAACUUUGAUGCUGAAGCAUACUGGGUGGGAGAACCCUGUGAAGCUGUAUACGUUGACGACGACGAAUAUGGUGCGAAAGUACAGUAGUGUGUUGGACUCGUUGGUGAGCGUGCUGGCGAUUGUGUUGGGGAAGAAAGAACGGGGGGCUUUUGCCAGUCCGUUGCUCAUGGUGAGCUUACCUGGGGAUGUGAGAAAGGCGCAGCAAGCGAUGACUACGGCACACGUGAGCCAGAUGCGAUGGUUUCGAUGGGGGUGGAUUGGAAUUUCGCGAUACAUGGUUAUCAACGAUUUGAAGAAGCGGUAA